AUGGCACCCGCAUCUAUCAAGCUUAAUAGUGGCUACGAGAUGCCACAGGUUGGUUUUGGCCUUUGGAAAGUCGACAAUGCCACUUGCGCCGAUACCGUAUACAACGCAAUUAAGGCUGGCUACAGGUUGUUCGAUGGAGCUUGUGACUACGGGAAUGAGAAGGAAUGCGGAGAGGGUGUAGCUCGCGCCAUUCGCGAUGGACUUGUCAAAAGAGAGGAGCUAUUCAUCGUCUCCAAGUUGUGGCAGACCUUCCACGAAAAAGACAAGGUUGAGCCAAUCUGUCGCCGGCAGCUAGCAGAUUGGCAGGUUGACUACUUUGAUCUCUUCCUGAUUCACUUCCCCGUUGCACUCGAGUACGUUGAUCCUGCUGUUCGUUACCCUCCUGGUUGGUUCUACGAUGGCGAGAAGGAAGUUCGCUGGAGCAAGGCAACAAACCAAGAGACAUGGACUGCCAUGGAGAGCCUUGUUGAUGCAGGAUUGACGAGGAGCAUUGGAAUUUCCAACUAUGAAGCGCAGGGCAUCUAUGAUCUGCUCAAGUAUGCUCGUAUCCGUCCCGCAACACUCCAGAUCGAGUUGCAUCCGUAUCUGCAGCAGCACAAUCUUGCACGUCUUGCCAAGGCCGAAGGUAUCGCCGUCACAGCCUAUUCAUCAUUCGGUCCGACAGGAUUCAUCGAGCUCGAUAUGGAUAGAGCCAAGAACGUGGCUCCCCUCAUGCAACAUGAAGCAAUCACAGCCAUGGCCACCAAACACAACAAGACUGCCGCGCAGAUUCUUCUGAGAUGGGCAACCCAGAGAGGCUUGGCUGUAAUUCCAAAGACAUCGAGGCCAGCAGUUAUGGCCCAGAACCUUGAGAGCACCGACUUUAGUCUGGAUCAGGCAGACCUAGAUCGUAUUGCCAAGAUGGAUCUCAAUCUGCGAUUCAACCAGCCCACAAAUUAUUUUUCGAGCGAUAAGUUGUGGAUAUUUGGAUAA